CCCCUCUGCCAACGACCUACGACAAGUCAAACACCAGCACUUUACUGUCCAGCUGUCUCUAUCAAAAUGGCUCCCAAGAAGAAGGUCGAUCGUCCCGCCAACGAGAACAUCUCGCUCGGCCCUCAAGUCCGUGAAGGCGAACUCGUCUUCGGCGUUGCACGUAUCUUUGCUUCCUUCAACGAUACCUUCGUCCAUGUCACCGAUCUCUCUGGCCGCGAAACCAUCUGCCGUGUUACUGGAGGCAUGAAAGUCAAGGCCGACCGUGACGAAUCCUCUCCCUACGCUGCCAUGUUGGCUGCUCAAGACGUCGCUCAACGAUGCAAGGAACUCGGCAUCAACGCUCUGCACAUCAAGAUCCGAGCCACUGGCGGUAACGGCACGAAGACUCCAGGCCCAGGUGCCCAGUCUGCUCUGCGCGCCUUGGCCCGUUCAGGAAUGAAGAUUGGCAGAAUCGAGGACGUCACUCCUACACCGUCCGACAGCACCAGACGCAAGGGUGGUCGUCGUGGUCGUCGUCUGUGAGUGUGCGCGUUGGAAAGGUUGCGCGGAAUUAUCAUAUCCUUCGGAAAAUCAAUGGCGAGCAUACUGCUGGACCAACAGAGUCUGCGAAGGAGCACGGUGGUGGCGGUCACAAAUACGCGAAGAACGGCAUUUUCUGCCUGGUCUUCAAAAUGCUGCCUAUUAUGAAAAUGAUGUAGUUGGCAUGAAAUAAAUUCAAAAAAACUUCUUGUGACUCCG